UCGGAAGUAGAUAUGUAUAAACAAAUUAUUUUGGUUUCGCUUUAGUUUUGUUUUACUGCUAUAAAUUCAGACUUUCGUAACUUCAAGAAUACCCGGCUGAAAGUACCCCGUGCAGGGAAAGGAGACGAAGCAACACGAGAGGCCGCGGUACGCACGCAGACGAAAUGGCUGACAAUGCGGCAGCGCCCACUGCCGAUUUUGCAACUGCAACUGACGUAAAUACCGAUGUUAGCUCGUCGCCGCCCGUAACCCCACUCAAGUCCGCAGAAGACCACACAACUCUUAUAUUUCCCCCUGCUCCAGGAUCAGGGGACGCCCAUGUCUCCACCUCCGAAGAUAAGGAUAAAGCACCGACAAAUGCCACAACAUCCACAACCGUUUUGGUGGGUGGAGAGAACCCGGAAUCGGAGCGUUGUUGUUGGAUUUGCUUUGCUACUGACGAGGACAACCAUUUGGCUGCCUGGGUGAAGCCGUGCCAGUGUCGUGGGACUACCAAGUGGGUGCAUCAGAGCUGCCUAUAUCGCUGGAUCGAUGAAAAAACUCAGAAGGGAAAUCCGUUGCGCACAGUAUCCUGCCCUCAGUGUCAAACGGAAUACAUAAUUGUGCUCCCACAAAUGGGAAAACUCUGUGGAGCGUUGGAGGCGAUGGAUAUUAUGAUUAAACGACUGAGUCCAUUCCUGGCCGCUGGUUUCUUUGUGGGCUCGCUAUAUUGGACAGCAGUUACUUACGGGGCAGUAACAUUUCUACAGAUUGUGGGUCAUGAGCACGGCAUGUCCAUAAUGGAGGCGGGCGAUCCGCUUGUUCUUCUCAUCGGAUUGCCAGCCAUUCCAGUUGGUCUGGUGCUUGGCCGUUUAAUUCGCUGGGAAGAUGCUCUGAUGCGUCUGUUUCGCAACCGCGGCACCGUGGUGCGCAAAUUUCCAUUUGUGAACCUCAUCUAUCCGAGCCUUACCCAGGAGGAACUGCCAGUAAACAGCAAUCCGGCCACUCCUGCUCUGUCGGAUCCAGUUUCUGCAACGCGUGUUUUCUGCGGCGCUCUUCUUUUGCCCACCAUCUCGUCCAUUGUGGGUCGCAUUCUCUUCGACUCUGUGGACAAUACGUUACAUCGCACGCUACUAGGGGGUCUUACCUUUAUAACGGUCAAAGGUAUCCUAAAAAUUUAUUUGAAGCAGAAGCAAUAUGCGCGCCGGAAGAAGCGUCGCAUCGUGGACUACACUGAGGAAAAUAUACGAAAUUUCAUGCAUCGCAACACCAAUAACCCUGUCGGCGGAGCACGUCAGCAACAGCAGCCACAGCAGCCCCCUGUGGCCCAAGCAUCCCGAGUAGCCGCAGCAGCGGCCCGGGAAAGAGAGCAUGGGGACAUUGUGUAGAUGGGCGUCACAGUGGACCCACCUGAUAAUGCUAACGUUUUUUUUAUAAUACACCGCCCUUCACGUUGAUUGCUUUAACUCUCGCACCUGAAGGACCACACCAUUCACCACCUGCGGUACGCGCUCUACCAGAUUGAUUGCAAGAGUCACCAGGAAAUUAAGAGUUUUGAAAUAUUUGGCCAAAUUUGUUCGUAUCAACAAAAACUAAUAAACCUCCUUCUCCCCCGUUUUUCUCUAUAGAUCUAUCUAUAGAUGUAACACCCAAGUAGGUUAAAUACACACAUCUAUAUAUAUAUUAUGCUUCCACAUAUUUGAAUUUAUUCGUUACCAUUUUUGUAAAUUACAAAGUUGCCUCUGUAAAUAAAAGCAAACCCUCGGCUGUGGGUUAUAUAA